GGAUAUGAGUGGGGUGCUAAAGCACUUGCGCUGAUGUGCACACACAGACACAUGCAUUGUGCAUGUAUGUCGGAGCUAGGAGCCUUGAGACAUCUCGAGGCUGAAGCUGACCAGUGCCCAAAAGCGCCCGUGUAGUUAGCUUCAGGGCGUUCUGUUGGAUUGUUGCUCUUCUUGAUAGUUCCCAUACCGAUAUUCGCCGAUAUUCUGAUAUUUUGAUUCGUUGAAAGAUGGUCAGAAAGGCUGCGCGUAAGUUCUUCAACACGUUCUAGUUCUAGGUACGAAAGCUUCCACAGCUCAAGUAGCAUGCACAGAGUGCACUUCGAUACCCGUAAGGGCAAACGAGAGGAAAGGAGAUGUGAUCUUUGAGCGUCUGCCGGCAGCAGCAAUGGAGGCGUGUUGUCUUAGCGUCUUUCGACACCAGCAAGCUUUGGCGAGGCACACUGAACUUGAACGGCACCUAAAUGCGACUGCCAAAUCACAUGCAGCAUCAUGCACAAAAGGUCAUGUCUUGCAGAUGCCCACUUGCAUUGGAGAGAAGGGCAUCGCAACUGCUACUGCUGAUCCUUGAAAACAGUCUGUGCUGGGCUCAGAAGGCAAGAGAGCUGUGGCGAACGCUCAGUGUUGCAAACUCCUCUACGCUCUGCUGCACUCCUGCACGAGAAACUCCCUUUGGUGUCAGUCUUCCUAUCUUCUACCGAAACUCCCGAAGAAAAACAACUCGCAAUGAAUUGGCUACAUGUCCGCAGCCACACAUAUAUAAUAUAUAUUGCUGAUUCGUAAAAUGAGUAUUCACGCACGGUCUUGCACUGUUCAUGCAGAGUUUGGCUUUCAGUCAAUGUUGGUUGAAGAUUUUGCCCAGUUUGCCGAAUUAAUGGUCUUUGAGAGGCAAGUGCAGGCAGCAAUACACUUCUGGUCCUUCCCAGAGGGCAGCACGUGCCACAAAAACAUGUUCGAAUUGUUUGGCAGACAUCCCUGACUCAUGAUGAUGGCUGGGGCAAGUGAAACAGGUGAGGGCUGUGCGACAAGACACCAGUUAGCAUGAAGAUGGGCCUGAAGCCAGCCACUGAUCAAUGUACACAUGCGGAUUGACACUCACCCGUGUGGGUGGAGACUAAAUGACUAAAGGCUAUCGAGGCCCCCAAGCAGUCGCUUAGCGCCAGGAGAUAGGUACAGUGCGUUCUUUGGGAGCGUAGCCUUUCUUGAAGACUUUUGUCCUUAUUUUCUCCAUCAUUCCAAGAUGGCGGAUAGAUCAACCCAAGGACGCAAAGAGAGCAUGUUCAUUCUUCAACAAGUGAUGGCUCGUAGAGCUUCCACAAGUUCUGAAAAAGUACAGACUGUCCCUUUAUACGCUUGAAGCGGGCGAGAGCAAUGGAGGCGUGUUGCCUUAGCGUCUUUCGACACCAGCAAGCUCUGGCGAGGCACACUGAACUUUGAACGGCACUAAAUGCGGCUGCCAAAUCACAUGCAGCAUCAUGCACAAAAGGUCAUGUCUUGCAGAUGCCCACUUGCAUUGGAGAGAAGGGCAUCGCAACUGCUACUGCUGGUCCUUGAAAAUAGUCUGUGCUGGGCUCAGAAGGCAAGAGAGCUGUGGCGAACGCUCAGUGUUGCAAACUCCUCUACGCUCUGCUGCACUCCUGCACGAGAAACUCCCUUUGGUGUCUGUCUUCCUAUCUUCUACCGAAACUCCCGAAGAAAAACAACUCGCAAUGAAUUCUGCUACAUGUCCGCAGCCACACAUAUAUAAUAAUAUAUAUUGUUGAUUCGUAAAAUGAGUAUCCAGGCACGGUCUUGCACUUUUCCUGCAUGUUAGCUGACAAUUCUUGUCGGCUCAAACAGGCAUCGGCUUUUAGAGCGACAGAUUUUGCGUUCGUUGAUAUUGAGGCAAUAGCGGCCAUGGUGUGAAUCCAAAUUCCUUUUUUCACAUCGCGUACCAAGAAAUACCGAGAAAUACUCCAACACAUUCACAGUGACGUGGCUCACAUUUGUAAAACCAGCGCACCUGUCUACAAAACGCACGCAAAUUUUCCCGGAAAGUGAAGUUUGGACCUUACAACAUCAUGGGAGAUGCAAACAAUUGUACUCGCAAAGGAUGUAUCAAGGGUUGACAGCUAACACCUCACAAGAUCUCACAAGACUGCUUGGGUUUCAAUCUAUAACUUAUAAACCACUGGCUCUACCAAGUUUUAUAAUGUUUCUUAUUCAAGCGAAGAUUGCAUGACAAGCUAAUAGUAACCACGCAGGACAUGCAGCACAUGACCCUGCCUGAGAUUCUUGGCGAUUUUGGUGGGGCACCCACUUGGAAGCUUCAGAAUAUAUGCGCCAAAGCACCGCUUUUCUUUAUCAUUCGGUCACGACGUCAUGUGGCGCAUGUCCUUGCAGUCCGGAAGCAUCCUUGUUUGCUUUGGCCCCUGGUCAUGCCGAGAGAACGGCAAUGAGCAGCUGGAUUCUUGUCCCAGGUCCUUUCAAGACAAUGAAGUUUGAUUAGGAUUUUUGAUGGCUCGCAUUCAAGAAUCUGCGAGCGACACGGAUUUUUUUCAAAGCUCCCCCCGAAAACCCAAGGACGUCUCUUGACAGCGCCUGUGACAUUUUAAGUUUCUGUCUUCCCCACUGCAGAUUGUGGACACAUUCGACAGGUUGCUUCUGCCAGCAGGGUUUGAAGCAGUGCUCACGUUGUCCUGUGAAAAACAACACCGGCCUACCAGCUCUAUCGAUUUUGGUCCGGUUGUGACAGGUUGUUGGAGAUUUCGCGCUUUUGCAUUGCGAGGGAAAAAAAAGGCAUGAACAGUUCUUACUUCUAUGAUCUUGGUGCUGAGAAAGUGUGGUUCUGCAUUCUCAGGCGUUCUCAGCAUACUUUCCUUCCCCGGCGUGAUCAUUCACCUUGCAGCGAAAAACCGCGCUCUUUGACCGGCGCAGCGAAGAGACAGGAAGCGCACGAUGCGGCACUUGCGCUGUCCGCUGUGAGGCUCUCAGGCUGUGCCAAGACCGGCCGGUGGGACCCCGUGGGACCCCGUGUGACCUCGACGUUCUGAGAUGGGCCGAGAUGGGUCGAGACGGGCGCCGUGGUCAAGUGGCUGAUGCCGGGCCAAUUCACACGCGGUUCUGGUCCCUUGCCAAGACUGCAAUUCUUGAGGUGAGCCAAAGAUGCCAGUUUGAAUCUUGAAACGAUGACAGUUGUGUAUCAGCCGUCGGGUGCGGUGCACUUGUCAGGUGACUCUGUAUGACCAACGAGAUUGCUUUGAAGCAAGCAAGCGGAGACUGGGAUAUCUCGCAGGCAAUUGCAAGUGAGUUG